UCCAUCCGUGCGGGGUAGAGGUCUUUAUUAUUUCUCUAUAUGAGGCAACAAUUUGCCUGUGAAACGUCCGUGAACAUCCUCAAUCUCGCGCACUAAUCCUAACAGAAGCCAUGAAGUGUUAAAUGUUGGAAACACAGUCGCGCGCAGACACUUGCAUGCUUGGAGAGAGAGAGAACACGAGGAGAGACGCACGCGCUGCUCCAAUGCGUCUGUGCAAUAGACACUCUGCGUGAAGGGGAGAAAAAAACUUAUCGAAUUACAAAACCAAUCCUGCGCCGCGCGAUUACUAACCCCUACUUUUCCUCCGGUUUUGAAGAGAAAAAAAAAUAAAGAAAUCAAGCUGGCUCAGUGCGUGUCUCAGCAGCUUAGUUUGACAGGUGCUCCUCAUCUCCCUUGGAGGACUGUCAGCAGCACGAGGAUGGCAUCAGAGCUGGCAAUGAGCAACUCCGACCUGCCCACCAGUCCCCUGGCCAUGGAAUAUGUUAAUGACUUCGAUCUGAUGAAGUUUGAAGUGAAAAAGGAGCCGGUGGAGCCUGAUCGCAGCAUCAGCCAGUGCAGCCGCCUGAUCGCCGGGGGAUCCUUGUCUUCCACCCCGAUGAGCACGCCUUGCAGCUCGGUUCCCCCCUCUCCAAGCUUCUCGGCGCCCAGUCCGGGCUCGGGGAGCGAACAGAAGGCGCACUUGGAAGAUUUCUACUGGAUGAGCGGGUACCAACAACAGCUGAAUCCCGAGGCUCUGGGCUUCAGCCCGGAGGAUGCAGUGGAGGCACUGAUCAGCAGCAGUCACCAGCUCCAGACUUUCGAUGGCUAUGCUAGAGGGCAGCAGUUCACUGGCGCGGCAGGGGCAGGAGGCGCCAUGGCGGGGGAGGAGAUGGGAUCAGCAGCCGCUGUGGUAUCGGCGGUCAUUGCGGCAGCGGCAGCCCAGAACGGAGGUCCCCACCACCACCACCACCAUCAUCAUCAUCACAGCGGAGGACAUCAUCCUUCCACCGGCGUCCAGUCCAGCGGCACCAACGUCAACCACCAGCACAUGCUUUUGGAUGACAGAUUUUCCGACGAGCAGCUGGUCACCAUGUCAGUGCGGGAACUCAAUCGGCAGCUUCGUGGGGUCAGCAAGGAGGAAGUGAUCCGUCUGAAACAGAAGCGGCGGACGCUGAAGAACAGAGGCUAUGCCCAGUCGUGCCGCUACAAGCGGGUCCAGCAGAGACACGUCCUGGAGGGCGAGAAGACCCAGUUGAUUCAGCAGGUGGACCUUCUCAAGCAGGAGAUAUCCAGGCUGGCCCGCGAGAGGGACGCGUACAAGGAGAAAUACGAGAAGCUCAUCACCAACGGCUUCCGAGAAAACGGUUCCAGCAGCGACAACAACCCGUCGUCGCCAGAGUUUUUCAUGACGUCAAGAAAGUUCCUCCACCUGUGACCCUUCCCCUGGAGUCUGAG